CUUUAACCGGAAGCGUAAUCGUAAUUCGGCCCUUUAACGAAGACUAUGCUGUUGAAACGGUUCAAACAGUGGAGCUACAGCCUCAAGCGUGGCCGUUUAUGUUCGUUUAUGAAAUAAGGACGGACCUGGUGAUUUUCUGUUGAUUUCAGACGAGCUUUAUCAAAGACUUUCAAGGCCUGCAUUAAUAUAUGCAAGUCCAUCAAGAUAUAUGCCUGAAAUAUUACUUUAUAAACAAACAGACCCCGUGUAUUACAAGGCCCAUGUACUCGAUAAACGGUUUCGUUUCGUUUUGCUUUCGUUUCGCACUUUACAGGUACUCUGUUACAAGGCACAUGUACUCGAUAAAUGGUUUCACUUUUAAAAGACGUAUGCAAACGGCCUAGUCGGUAGGAAUGGCAGCUGCACUGAGUCCUAAUGGAACUGGAGAUUUAAUCGGACCGUCAAGUUCAAAGAAAUGUCGUUUUUCUGUGAUCCCUGAAUUUCCAGAUGAACUAGUUAUAAAAACAGCGACAUGUGUGAGUGAAUUGACAGACGUACGUCGAACCGCUCACUUCCUAACACCUUUGCAGAUCACCAACUGUAAUGGUGCGGUUCCCGAAGAAGCCUGUUCGUUUUCGAAUGCUUCUUGCAGUGUCCUUCCUAUUGAGCCAAUGCAUGUAUUUGGGAGUGUGUUUGAUAAAGGAAUUCGACUUUUGUUGAAUUACUUGGAUGAGAAGGUGUUACCAGAAAGAAAACAGGAAAGACAUCUUUUGAGCAAGUUGUUGAAUUAUCUACUAGAUACAGAUUCUCAUGCUGUGCUAGAAAAAGUGAUGACAUUACCACAGACCAAUACUGUUCUCUUGGCAAACCAUCUUUUUGCUAAUCUGGCAGCAUCUCCAACCUACACCAUAGAUAAACGCUCGAAGGGGAAGCAACACACAGCCUGUCCCUGUGGAAAUGCUGGAUGUACAAUAAGUGGCCAGUAUGGAGAUACAAGUCUAGGGCAUGAAGAUGUGUGGCAUGGAUAUGUGGACAUCAUAAUCAACAAUGACCUAGUUCUUGAAUCUGUUGACAAGACUGAUCCAGAAAGUGGACUGUCACCAGAUGAAGUAGAAUUGAACUCUGAUAAUUAUAAUCCUCAAAUUAUAGCUAAGACCAUAGUGUUUUCAUUUCUUCAGAAGCAGAGACACAUAGAAAGUGACCAUUUUCUGUUCCCGUGUAUUGGAGUGGAAGGGAAAAGUUUGGCUUUUUAUUUUUAUGAUUCUGACAAUGACGUUCUGCUGGAAAGUUCCCAAAUUCCACUAUUUAUAGGUAAAUCAGGGCAUCAAUCAACAGUGAACUUUGCUGCAGUGCUAGCUUCCUGGUUAGUGGUGAAUUAUAAAUAUCUGUGCAGUGGUUUGACAAAUGGACUGCUUGCUCCAAGUAAAAAAGCUGGCUUCUUUAGUCAUGCAAAGCUGAAACUGUCCAUUUAUGAGUCUGCUUUGAAGUUGGGAAAUGUUGGAAUUUGCAGUCAUUCUAAAAAGAUAGGCUGUACUGUUGAUACCACUGAUGAAAUAAUUCUUGAGGCAAAGGAAAAAAUUGUAAGGAUUCAAGCAAAAGGAACUGGGCGUCCUGCUAUUAUUUAGCAGUACCAAAUCAACUGGUAAAAAUGACAAGGAUUGUUUCUGUAAACAAGAACUUUUCUGGCAAAAAGCAUAUUUUUGUUCCAUUUCAGUCGUGUAUGUACAAAUGUUUUUCAGCUCAAAACAAGAACUUUUCUGGCAAAAAACAUGUUUUUGUUCCAUUUCAAUCGUGUAUGUACAAAUGUUUUUCAGCUCAAAACAAGAACUUUUCUGGCAAAAAGCAUGUUUUUGUUCCAUUUCAAUCGUGUACCUGGUGUAUGUACAAAUAUUUUUCAGCUCAAAACAAGAACUUUUCUGGCAGAAAACAUGUUUUUGUUCCAUUUAAAUUGUGUAUGUACAACUAUUUUUCAGCUCAAAAUAAGAACUUUUCUGGCAAAAAGCAUGUUUUUGUUCCAUUUCAAUCUUUUAUGUACAAAUAUUUUUCAGCUCAAAACAAGAACUUUUCUGGCAAAAAACAUGUUUUUGUUCCAUUUAAAUCGUGUAUGUACAAAAAAAUUUUCAGCUCAAGUCAUUUUAGUGUGGCCGGUUAAUUACGAAUGAAAAAUUGAUGGUUAACAUUGCAAAGGUUGUUUGUGUUAAAUUUGAAUAAAUGUAGUUUUUUGUGUACAAUGUUUUCAAAAUGAAUCGAAUCCUAUAUGAUAAAAAAGAAAACUUAUUGCCGGAUGAUAGACAGGGAUAUUGCACAUGCUAAAAGUUAAUAUAACCUAUAUAGAGCUUGAAUCACACAGCAGGUAUAAUAAUUAAUAUAAAACUGUAUCAUUCAUUCAGUAAUUUAUUGUAUAGGGCUAGUGCUGUGGUCUUUAUUUCUACUUUGUUCAUAUUAACUACAGUCAUUAAUUACAUUGAAUAAUUGAUUGGUCUUAAGUUCACAUGAUUUCAAACUUUUCGAUGAAGAAUUUCACAAUUUUGAACUUACCAGUAGGUAUGUCUUUUAAACUAAAUUGUACAUUGUAUGUGGUUGUCAUUGAAUUUGAGACCUUUUUAUAGUUAUGUUAUGAAUGAGGAUUAUCUCUAUUAGUAAUCAGAUGAGUUGUAAACAGCUCUACUACUUAGUGUUUGUGUCUAAACGUGAAUUAAAAAAAAAAUUAAACACA